UUGAUCCAAGUGUCAUUAGUGUCUGGCACCAUUUAUGUUUUGUUUUAAUAGAGUCUUAGAUCAAUAAUAGAAACAAAAAAAAAAUGGCGUGCCAUGUAAUUUAAAAAAAAAGCAAUAAAUAAUUAUUUUUUAAAACGUUACAAAAAACAAAUCUAGAUCUGGUCCCAUUCACACAAUGUCUGCAAAUGCGGAGAACGAUAAUGACAACAAAAAGAAGGACAAUGCUGAUUCCAUAGUUGCAGAAAUACAAAAGAAAAUUACAGAUGCAUUUGAUAUAUUUGAUCAUGAAUCAAACAAAACUGUGGAUGUGAGGGAAGUGGGAACAAUAAUCAGAUCAUUGAAUUGUUGUCCAAGUGAAGCAGAGCUUCAUGAUAUGUUGGCCGAGAUAGAAGAAGAAGAGCCAACUGGGUACAUCAGAUUUGAAAAAUUUCUGCCCAUGAUGACAAAAGUUUUAUUAGAAAGAAGAUACAAGCCAUACCCAGAGGAUCAAAUCCUUAAAGCAUUUCAAGUACUGGACAUAGAGUCAAAAGGAUACCUAACACUAGAAGAGCUUUCAAAGUGUAUGACAGAAGAUGGAGAGCCUUUUACACAAGAAGAGUUGGAAGAGAUGAUAUCUGCUGCUGUUGAUCCAGAUAAAAAAGUGGUCUUAUAUAAAGACUAUCCACCUAUGUUAGCAGUGGAAGAUACAUAAUCUCAUCAGACAGCAAUCCAUACUAGAUACAUAAUAACAUUAACAAGACACUAUUUUACUUAAACUAUCAAUGUCUAUACAGGACUUUACAUUCUAACAUUGUAUAUUUUUGUGUGAACUGAUAAGAACUUGUGUAUAUAUUUUUGUAGGAAUAAAAUUUGUGUUAAAAUUUA